UCUUUGUUUUUGUACACGAGUAAAUAUGUGCGGUCACACCAAAGAAAGGAGAGCGUAACGUGGGGAACUCUUUUCCAUUAAAGCUCACUCUUCUCUUAGCAACUCUCGUGCUUCUGUGUUGCUCUGUUCUCAUCGGAACUCCUAUCGCCGGCGAAGCUCUCUUCCGUCCGAUCAACUAUGGCGUUAAAGUCUUUUGUUGAAGUUAAACUCGACUCACACUUCUCGAUACAUAACCUUCCCUACGGUAUCUUCAAACAUGGUGGAGUUGAUACCACUACUCCAAGGCCCGGAGUUGCAAUCGGAGAUUACGUUCUCGAUCUCUCAGCAAUUCAAUCUGCCGGAUUGUUUGAUGGUCCAUUACUGUGCAAUUCCGAUUGUUUCCAUCAGUCAAAUCUUAACAACUUUCUGGAAUUGGGAAGACCAGCAUGGAAGGAAGCUCGUGCUACACUGCAAAAACUAUUGUCAUCUGAUGAACCUGCUUUACAAAACAAUGCAAGUUUGAAACAGAUGGCACUUUUGCCUAUGGAUGAGGUGGAAAUGCUUCUUCCUAUUGCUAUAGGGGACUACACAGACUUCUUUUCAUCAAAGCAUCAUGCUAGGAAUUGUGGGUUGAUAUUUAGAGGGCCAGAAAACCCAGUCAAUCCCAACUGGUUCCAUCUUCCCAUUGCUUAUCAUGGAAGAGCAUCAUCUAUUGUUAUAUCUGGCACUGAUAUUAUUAGACCAAGAGGUCAAGGUCAUCCAAGUGGCAAUUCUCCACCAUACUUUGGACCUUCAAGAAAGUUGGAUUUUGAGCUGGAAAUGGCUGCUGUAGUUGGACCUGGAAAUGAACUAGGAAAGCCUAUAGAUGUUAAUGAGGCUGCAGAUCAUAUUUUUGGAGUGGUGCUGAUGAAUGACUGGAGUGCUAGAGAUAUUCAGGCGUGGGAGUAUGUACCUCUUGGUCCUUUUCUUGGGAAAAGUUUUGGGACUACAAUAUCCCCAUGGAUUGUGACUCUAGAUGCUCUAGAACCAUUUGCUUGUGAUGCUCCUACUCAAAUCCCUCCACCCUUGCCAUAUCUUGCAGAAAAGAUAUCCAAAAACUACGAUAUUUCUUUGGAGGUUCGGAUAAAACCAGCAGGAGAAGAAAACUCAUUCACUGUCACAAGGAGCAAUUUCAACCACUUGUACUGGACACUUACCCAACAACUCGCACACCAUACUAUAAAUGGUUGUAAUUUGAGACCUGGAGAUCUCCUUGGAACCGGAACAAUCAGUGGGCCCGAAGCUGAGUCUUACGGAUGCUUGCUGGAGUUAACAUGGAAUGGAACAAAAGAGUUGUCUGUUGGUAAAACAAGCCGUAAAUUUUUGGAAGAUGGAGAUGAAGUUAUUAUCAGUGGUAUCUGCAAGGGAAACGAGUACAAUGUUGGAUUUGGUACAUGCUCAGGGAAGAUCCUUCCAUCUUUGCCAUGAUUAGUGAUUUUGAUUUAGCAUGAAAGAUUUUAUGUACGAUAUUUCUAUUACUGUUAAACAAUAUAUCAAAAAAAAAAAAAAAAAAAUUAAAUAAAAUAAUCUGUAAUCAAAUAGAUUUUGAAGCUACCGUUGAUUUUUGUUUUUCCCGUGUAGGGUUACAAUUUGGUUUUUAUAUACUAUUUUUUUUCGAGAA